CCGCUUCAGAGGUCGAAGUUGAAAAUUGACGUGGGAGGGCUCGUGCUUGGACGGUUCGCGGGAAACGUCCCAAAACAAAUCCGUCCACUUGGGCACGCGACCAAUUCAAGAGCAGAUUAUCGAUUAAUCCACCGGCGAAACGAAUCGAUCUGAUCAAAACUACAUCUUCUUCAAACUCGGAACUUUAAACUCAAACUCCCCGCGGGAUUUCAAACAGAAAACGUCCCGAGCUUAGGCUAACACAGGAGCUAAUCGCUUAGCAUCGUCGGCUAGCUCGUCCCCGGCUGUGGAGGUAACCCUUACCCGCUGAGGACGCUCCAGUAAGCGGGGAAACAUGGCAGAGAGGCCCGAAGACCUGAACCUCCCCAACGCGGUGAUCACCCGGAUCAUCAAGGAGGCGCUCCCAGAUGGGGUGAACGUGUCCAAAGAAGCGCGCAGAGCCAUCUCACAAGCUGCCAGUGUGUUUGUGCUGUACGCCACAUCCUGUGCAAAUAACUUUGCCAUGAAAGCGAAGAGGAAAACUCUGAACGCAGGAGACGUCCUGGCUGCGAUGGAGGAGAUGGAGUUUGAACGUUUCCUGGAGCCGCUCAGAGAAGCUCUGGAGGUUUACAAGAAGGGCCAGAAGGGAAAGAAGGAAGUGUCGGAGCAGAAACGAAAAGAUAAAGAGAAGAAGAACGACUCGGAGAACGACAAGAGUCGGGAGGAGGAAGAGGAGGAGGAGGAGGAACGCAUGGAGGAGGAGCCUGAAGCGGAGAACGAGGCGGAGGAGGAGGACGAGGAGGAAGUGGAGAACUGAUGAUCGAUCAACUUAUGAGGUCAUCGCCGGCUGGGCGUGAUGCGUUCAGGUUCUGCUGGGUCAACAUAGAGCUGCAGUGGAUCAGUCCGUGGAUGAUGAGCUCAUCGGAGGAGAGGGGACUCGGAUGGCGGCGCUGCAGCUGCGGUCUUCCAACAAACAAAAGCACAAAGUCAAACGGCAUCAGCUCUUCC